AUGCCUGCGCCGGGCGACCAAUACCAUGGCGGCAACGUCACGAACCCGUUCGAGGAACGCGUCGUGAAUGGCUUCACAGCGUCUGAAAUCGCGACUUUACAGAGCAGGUUAAACAAGCAACUGGGCCCAGAGUACAUUUCGACGAGGCCGGGCAAUGGUGGCGGCAAGGUUGCGUACUUGGAGGGCAACAAGGCCAUAGCACUCGCGAAUGAGGUGUUUGGCUUCAACGGCUGGUCCAGCUCACUAGGACAGGUGCAGAUCGAUUAUGUCGACGAGCACCAGAACGGCAAGGUCAGCUUGGGCCUGUCGAUAGUAGUGAGGAUCACGCUGAAAGAUGGCACAUACCACGAAGACAUUGGCUACGGCUCAAUAGAGAACGGCAAAGGCAAAGCAGCAUCUUUCGAGAAGGCGAAGAAGGAGGCGGCUACCGACGGACUAAAGCGUUCAUUACGCACUUUCGGCAAUGUACUCGGCAACUGCUUAUACGACAAAGAAUACCUCAAGAAGGUCCAGACCAUGAAGGUCAAGCCGAUCAAGUUUGAGGAGGGGAGCCUGUACAGACAUGCAACCUAUGCGCCACGACCACAGGAGGAGCAGGCGGUGGUAAAGCACGAACCACAGCGAACACCGAUGCGACCAAACCAGGUACUGAGGACGCGUACGGAGCACAUUGGCGAGUCAUUUGGUGCUGAGUUCGACGACGAGUUCGAUGGUAAUCUCUUCGAUGGCGUCGAUGUUACCGAAGGCCAUGGUGAUGAGUUCUCGUUCGACGCUGGAUCAGCACCAGCAGAGUCAGCACCAGCGCCCAUGCCGAGAGCAGUCGAAGCAGUCCACCUCAAAAUCGACCAAACCAAGGACCAGGACGGCCAUCCCCAGCUGGUCCGAUGCAGCGACAGCCUCAAAUCCCAGUUCAGCCGCAAAACCAGCAGCGACCUGACCAGAAUGGAGGGCCCCUCAAACCAACCGCUUCGAAAUACUCCUCCAGAUGCCCAACAUGCGCCUGCUCAACCACGCCCAGCUCCACAAGCACAAGGAGUGACGACGCCAUCCGCGAACCCUGCACCUCCCAACGGUCGACCGCCUGUGGGCUUCAUUACAUCUCGUGCAGCCGAACUACUCCAAAACUCCGACGCUGCCGUUCCUUCAAUCGCACACCUCCCCACCUUCAACCCCAACGCCGAAUCCCCCGUACCCAAGGACAAGCGCACCCCAGGCAUCGACAACAGACGCAGCGCCCCCGUCAAGCGCGAACAAGUCGGCGCACCACCCGCUCCUCCCCCAGCCGCCGAGCCCGCCAACUCCCGCCCUUCACGCCCGUCAAACUUCGUCAACCCCCAGCAAGACAUGAAUAGGCGCAUCGGCAUGCCUGGCGCGCCCAGCUACGCCAUGAGUCCUAGUGCGAACCGUGGCGCGUAUAAACCGCCUACGUUCGCCAAUGGUGCUGCGGGUGUUAAGAGGGAGAGGCCGCCGCUGCAGGACGUGAGCAAUCAGGGAGCAAAUGCUGGAGUCGAGGGUCCGGAUGUUAAGAGGCAGAGGGUGGAGGGUGCGACGGGGACUGAGAAUGGUGGUCCUGUAGGUAGCUGA